GAUCAUAAUCUACCGGAAGUAAAAGAGUAUUUAUAUAAAAUACUUGUAAUUGGUGAUUUGGGCACAGGAAAAACCAGCAUUAUUAAACGAUAUGUUCAUAACAUCUUUUCAAUGCAUUAUAAGAGCACGAUCGGAGUUGAUUUUGCAUUAAAAGUGUUACAGUGGUCACCUGACACGGUAGUCAGACUCCAAUUAUGGGAUAUUGCUGGCCAGGAAAGAUUUGGAAAUAUGACAAAAGUUUACUAUAAAGAAGCCUUGGGAGCGCUCGUUGUGUAUGACGUUACACGUUCUUCGACUUUUGACGGGGUCACCAAAUGGAAGAACGAUCUUGAUCAAAAAGUCUCUUUACCCGAAGCAUGGGGUGGUGGAUCAAUUCCUGUUGUAUUAAUGGGCAAUAAAGAUGGAUGUUCAAACAAGAGUGAAUCAGAAAUGAUCAAAUACUGUGAAGAGAACGGAUUUGUUAGAUGGUUUGAAACAUCAGCAAAAGAGAAUCAUAAUGUUGAUGAGGCAGCAAGAUAUUUAGUAUCAAAAAUAUUAGAGAUUGAACAACGAAACCAAGGUAGACCUCGUCAAAACCAAAAUGGUGUGAUACAUAUCGAUGAAGAUCAACAAUACACCCCUAAUAGUUGUUGUUGA